CUUUUGGAGGGGGGGGGCGGGCUCGGGGCGGGGCGCAGGCGCCAUCUUGGCGCGGAGGGGCCGCUCCCGGGGCUCGCCCGGCCGCUGCCGGCAUGCGGGGGCCGGCGGCGGGCGAGGGGCUGCCGGAGGAGGCGGACAACGACGAGGAUGUCUCGGAAGAAGAUGAUGGGGUCCUGGAAGGGCUGGAUGAGUUUUUCCCAGAAGAGCAAGUUGCUGUGCAGAAAAAAAAGAAAUCCAAGAAGCUGAAAGACAGCAAGGCUGCCAAAAUCAAGAGGAGGAAGAAAGAGGGGAGCAAUGAUGAAAUAUCAGACAACGAAGAGGAGAUUGAGGAGAAAUCUGAGAGUGAAGGAAGCGACUAUUCCCCCAACAAAAAGAAAAAGAAAAAACUGAAGGAAAAGAAAGAGAAAAAAACAAAGCGGAAAAAGAAGGAUGAAGAGGACGAUGACAAUGAUGACGGAGGCCUGAAGGAGCCCAAGAGCUCAGCCCAGCUGAUGGAAGAAUGGGGCCUCGAUGAUGUAGAUUACAUUUUCUCAGAAGAAGAUUACCAUACUCUGACUAAUUACAAGGCUUUCAGCCAGUUUCUCAGGCCUCUGAUCGCCAAGAAGAACCCCAAGAUCCCCAUGUCCAAGAUGAUGACUGUGCUUGGGGCCAAGUGGCGAGAGUUCAGCGCCAACAACCCCUUCAAGGGCAGCUCAGCGGCUGCAGCCGCGGCAGCCGUCGCUGCAGCAGUGGAGACCGUCACUGUUGCUCCACCGCUGGCUGCCAGCCCUCAGCAGUCUGCCUUGCCCGCUGUCAUCAGGAAAGCUAAAACCAAGGAGGGCAAGGGUCCAGGUGUGCGGAAGAAAAUCAAGGGCUCCAAAGAUGGGAAGAAAAAGGGGAAGGGGAAAAAGAUGGCAGGCUUGAAAUUCCGGUUUGGAGGAAUCCCCAGCAAAAGGAAAAAGGGCUCCUCUAGUGAAGAGGAAGAACGGGAGGAAUCCGACUUUGACAGUGCCAGCAUCAACAGCUCCUCAGUGCGCUCUGAGUGCUCGGCUGGCCUGGGGAAGAGAGGGAAGAGGAGGAGAAAGAAAAAGAGGACUGAAGAAGGGGAUGGAUACGAGACAGACCACCAGGACUACUGCGAGGUGUGCCAGCAGGGAGGGGAGAUCAUCCUGUGCGACACCUGUCCCCGUGCCUACCACCUCGUCUGCCUGGACCCCGAGCUGGAGAAGGCCCCCGAGGGCAAGUGGAGCUGCCCCCACUGUGAGAAGGAGGGGAUCCAGUGGGAGCCAAAGGAGGAUGAGGAUGAGGAAGAGGAAGGUGGCGAAGAAGAGGAGGAUGACCACAUGGAGUUCUGCCGUGUCUGUAAGGAUGGAGGGGAGCUGCUGUGCUGCGACACGUGCCCGUCAUCCUACCACCUGCACUGCCUGAACCCGCCCCUGCCCGAGAUACCAAACGGUGAAUGGCUCUGCCCUCGCUGUACAUGCCCCCCUUUAAAGGGCAAGGUGCAACGCAUCCUGCACUGGACCUGGAAGGAGCCACCAGCCCCGCUCCCGUCCACGCUGCCGGCCCCGGAUGCGGAGCUGCCUCUGCCACUGCCCAAGGUGCUGGAGGGCAUCCCAGAGCGGGAGUUCUUCGUCAAGUGGGCAGGGCUGUCCUACUGGCACUGCUCCUGGGUCAAGGAGCUGCAGCUGGAGCUCUACCACACGGUGAUGUACCGCAACUACCAAAGGAAGAACGACAUGGAUGAGCCGCCGGCCUUCGACUACGGCUCUGGGGACGAGGACAGCCAGAGGGAGAAGCGGAAGAACAAGGACCCGCAGUACGCCAAGAUGGAGGAGCGGUUCUACCGCUACGGCAUCAAGCCCGAGUGGAUGAUGAUCCACCGCAUCCUGAACCACAGCUUCGAUAAAAAGGGAGACAUUCAUUACCUGAUCAAGUGGAAAGAUCUGCCGUAUGACCAGUGCACCUGGGAGAUCGAUGAGAUUGACAUUCCCUACUACGAAAACCUCAAGCUCCUCUACUGGAAUCACAGGGAGCUGAUGCUGGGGGAAGACACACGCCCUCUAAAGAAGCUGAACAAGAAAGGGAAAAAGCUGAAGGAGGAGAAGCUAGAAAAGCCUCCAGAAACUCCUCUUGUUGAUCCUACAGUUAAGUUUGACAAACAGCCGUGGUACAUCGAUGCUACGGGAGGCACGCUCCAUCCUUACCAGCUGGAAGGGCUCAACUGGCUGAGAUUUUCCUGGGCCCAAGGGACUGAUACAAUCCUGGCUGAUGAGAUGGGGCUGGGGAAGACGGUGCAGACCAUCGUGUUCUUGUAUUCCCUGUACAAGGAGGGCCACUCGAAAGGGCCGUACCUGGUCAGUGCCCCGCUCUCCACCAUCAUCAACUGGGAGCGUGAGUUUGAGAUGUGGGCGCCUGACUUCUACGUCGUGACCUACACAGGGGACAAAGAAAGCCGGUCGGUCAUCCGGGAAAAUGAGUUCUCUUUUGAAGACAAUGCCAUCCGCAGUGGGAAGAAAGUCUUCCGGAUGAAGAAGGAAGCCCAAAUCAAGUUCCAUGUCCUGCUCACCUCCUACGAGCUGAUCACCAUUGACCAGGCGGUGCUGGGCUCGAUAGAAUGGGCCUGUCUGGUGGUGGAUGAAGCACACAGGCUGAAGAACAACCAGUCCAAAUUCUUUAGAGUAUUAAAUAGCUACAAGAUUGAUUACAAGCUGCUGCUCACCGGGACUCCACUCCAGAACAACUUGGAAGAGCUCUUCCACUUGCUCAAUUUCCUGACUCCUGAGAGGUUUAAUAACCUGGAAGGAUUCCUGGAGGAGUUUGCAGACAUCUCCAAGGAGGACCAGAUCAAAAAGCUCCAUGACCUGCUGGGUCCCCACAUGCUGCGGCGGCUCAAGGCGGAUGUCUUCAAGAACAUGCCGGCCAAGACAGAGCUGAUAGUGAGAGUGGAGCUGAGCCAAAUGCAAAAGAAGUACUACAAGUUCAUACUGACAAGGAAUUUUGAAGCCCUGAAUUCCAAAGGUGGAGGGAACCAGGUCUCACUGCUCAACAUCAUGAUGGAUCUGAAGAAGUGCUGUAACCACCCGUACCUCUUCCCUGUGGCUGCUGUGGAGGCUCCGGUUCUGCCCAAUGGAUCUUACGAUGGGAAUUCUUUGGUUAAGUCUUCUGGGAAACUGAUGCUGCUCCAAAAGAUGCUGAAGAAGUUACGGGAUGGGGGUCACAGGGUUCUGAUCUUCUCCCAGAUGACAAAGAUGCUGGACUUGCUGGAGGACUUCCUGGAGUACGAAGGCUACAAGUACGAGCGGAUAGAUGGGGGCAUCACCGGAGGCUUGCGCCAGGAGGCCAUAGACAGGUUUAAUGCUCCUGGUGCUCAGCAGUUCUGCUUUCUCCUCUCUACCCGCGCCGGUGGUCUGGGCAUAAACCUUGCUACAGCCGACACAGUCAUUAUUUAUGAUUCUGACUGGAAUCCCCACAAUGACAUCCAGGCGUUCAGCAGAGCUCACCGCAUCGGGCAGAACAAGAAGGUGAUGAUCUACCGCUUCGUGACGAGAGCCUCCGUGGAGGAGCGGAUCACCCAGGUGGCCAAAAGGAAGAUGAUGCUCACCCACUUGGUUGUCCGUCCUGGGCUUGGCUCGAAGUCGGGCUCCAUGACCAAGCAGGAGCUGGAUGACAUCCUUAAAUUCGGGACGGAAGAGCUCUUCAAGGAUGAUGUGGAAGGCAUGGUGUCUCAGGGGCAGCGGAUCACCAUGCCAGAUGCUGUCACCCCUUUCUCCGACACGCUGUCAACCAAAGGGGGUGCAGUGACUCCUGGCAUGAAAAAAAAGCACGGCGGCACCCCUCCAGGUGACAAUAAGGAUGUGGAUGACAGCAGUGUGAUCCACUAUGACGAUGCUGCAAUCUCUAAGCUUCUGGACCGAAACCAGGAUGCAACUGAUGACACUGAGCUGCAGAACAUGAACGAGUAUCUGAGCUCCUUUAAAGUGGCCCAGUAUGUUGUGAGAGAAGAGGAUGGUGUGGAGGAGGUGGAACGUGAGAUCAUCAAGCAAGAGGAGAAUGUGGACCCCGACUACUGGGAGAAGCUACUGCGGCACCACUAUGAGCAGCAGCAGGAGGAUCUGGCCAGGAACCUGGGGAAAGGGAAGAGAAUCCGCAAGCAGGUCAAUUACAACGAUGCCUCGCAGGAGGACCAAGAGUGGCAGGACGAGCUCUCUGACAACCAGUCUGAGUACUCCAUUGGCUCCGAGGAUGAGGAUGAAGACUUUGAAGAGAGACCAGAAGGUGGCAGGAGACAAUCACGAAGACAGCUGAAGAGUGACCGAGACAAGCCUCUUCCUCCUCUGCUGGCAAGAGUUGGGGGGAAUAUUGAGGUUCUCGGGUUCAAUGCCCGUCAGCGCAAGGCUUUCCUGAACGCCAUCAUGCGGUGGGGCAUGCCGCCCCAGGAUGCCUUCAACUCUCACUGGCUGGUCCGGGAUCUGCGAGGGAAGAGCGAGAAGGAGUUCAGGGCGUACGUCUCUCUGUUCAUGAGACAUUUAUGUGAACCUGGAGCAGAUGGUGCUGAAACCUUUGCAGAUGGCGUUCCUCGGGAAGGGCUGUCACGGCAGCACGUGCUGACUCGGAUAGGAGUUAUGUCACUAGUAAGGAAGAAGGUCCAGGAGUUUGAGCACGUCAACGGGAAGUACAGCACCCCAGAUCUGAUUCUUGAAGGCCCAGAGAGCAAGAAGUGCAGUGAGAUUGUUUCUUCAGACCCCAACACCCCUGUCCCGGCCAGCCCAGCGCAUAUGCACACAGGACCUCUUACCCUUGCAGAAAAAAUAGAAACACAACUUGGAUUCCAAGAGGAAAAGGAACAAGUGGAGCAGAAACCCAAGAAGGUGUCUGACAGCCAGGUGCCUGCAAGUGCUGAGAAGGUGGAAAGUGAAGAGCACCAAGAAAGCUGUGAAAGCAAAGAGAAACUGAAGGAAGAGAAACAAGAGGAGGGUGAAAAGGCUGAGCCUUCUCCUGAGCCUUUAGUGAAAGAUGAGGGAAUUCAAGAAAAAGAGAAGCCUUUGGAAAAGCCAGAGCUGAACAGUAGUCCUGGUAAAGGGGAGGACAAAGAAAUCAAACCAGAGGAUACCAAGGUGGAAGAGAAGGAGCAAAGCGAGACCCAGCAAAAUGGUGACAAAGAAGAAGAGGAGGAUGGAAAGAAGGAUGAGAGAAAUGUGAACUUCAGAUUCAUGUUCAACAUCGCUGACGGUGGCUUUACAGAGUUGCACACGCUGUGGCAGAAUGAGGAAAGAGCUGCCAUCUCCUCCGGCAAGAUCUAUGACAUCUGGCACCGAAGACACGACUACUGGCUGUUGGCAGGAAUUGUCACUCACGGCUAUGCCCGCUGGCAGGACAUCCAGAACGACCCGCGCUACGUGAUCCUGAACGAGCCCUUCAAGUCGGAGAUACACAAGGGGAACUACCUCGAGAUGAAGAACAAGUUCCUUGCCCGGCGGUUCAAGUUGCUGGAGCAGGCCUUGGUGAUAGAGGAGCAGCUUCGGCGGGCUGCGUACCUCAACAUGACUCAAGACCCCAAUCACCCGGCCAUGGCAUUGAACGCCCGUCUGGCUGAAGUGGAGUGCCUUGCUGAGAGCCACCAGCAUCUCUCCAAAGAGUCCCUCGCUGGGAACAAGCCUGCAAACGCCGUCCUGCACAAGGUGCUGAACCAGCUCGAGGAGCUGCUGAGCGACAUGAAGGCCGACGUGACGCGCCUGCCCUCCAUGCUGUCCCGCAUCCCGCCCGUGGCCGCGCGGCUGCAGAUGUCGGAGCGCAGCAUCCUGAGCCGCCUCACCACCCGCGGGGGAGAGCCCCCGGUCCAGCAGGGCUCCUUUGGUUCCUCCCAGAUCUACAACAACAACUUUGGGCCGAAUUUCCGAGGUCCUGGGCCUGGUGGGAUUGUUAACUACAGUCAGAUGCCUCUGGGACCGUACGUGACCGAUAUUUAGCCGUUUCUGAGAUUUUCUUCUGCAGUUCCCAUUUCCACCUGAGCAGCCCCCCGGGCCACCCUGCAGCCCACAAGCAGGAGCCGAGGGACGGCACCACCACGGCGGGGCAGGGGACGCGCGGCGGCGCUGCCCGUGGGACGCGAGCCCUGCCGCAGGCCCGUGCCCCCUCGCCUUUGAGUGUGCUUC